GAGGUGGCCACUCCCUUGAACCUUUCUCCCAGUCUGCCUUCGGUGCUGGGCUUUACAGCUGUAUGAGUCACAAUCUGCAUGUGAACAAUCCAUAGGGUACAGUUUGAGGGAAACCCAUGGUUGUAGCUACUCCUGAUUGAUCAGCCAUUCAACAGUGACAACCUCCUACGACUGAGGACCCAAGUGCUCAUGCUUGCUGAGCCAGGAAAACCCACUGCGGAGUGUGUCGUGCAAGAUGUGAGUUCCGUUGACUUUCAUUGUGAGAAGAACAACCCAGAUCACAGGACUGCUGAGAUCAGCGCCAAGCGACUAAUAGUCAGGCGGGGACAGCCCUUCCACAUCACAGUGCAAUUCAAAAGAAAUCAAUAUAAUCCAGAUGUAGACAGAUUUAAACUGGUUGCUCAGACAGGGCCAAGUCCUUCAGAAACAUCGGGAACUAAAAUUCUGUUUUCGCUGUCAGACUCAAUAAAUAAAAGGAGAUGGAAUGCAGUUGCUGCUUGCUCCUCCAGAAGCAGAUUGUCCCUAAUUAUCCAUUCAGCGCCAAAUGCUAAGAUUGGUCGUCACACCUUAGCUCUGCAGAAAAUAACUUCCGACCAGACAGUGAUCUAUACAGUUGGGGAGUUUGUUGUACUUCUCAACCCAUGGUGUUCAGAGGAUGAAGUCUUUCUGAAUGAUGCUGGACAGCUAAACGAGUACAUACUCAAUGAGCAAGGAAUUAUCUUCACUGGUUGCUCUGAAUACAUUCAACAUCUGCCAUGGAACUUUGGACAGGUGAAUUGUAAUGAUGAUAAUGGAAUACUUUUUGGCAAAUGGGAUGCUCCAUAUACUGAUGGAGUAUAUCCAGGGAAAUGGAGUGGAAGUGUUGCCAUCCUUCGUCAAUGGAAUAACAGUGGCUGUCAGCCAGUUUGCUAUGGGCAGUGCUGGGUGUUUGCAGCAGUGGCCUGCACAGGAGUCUACUGCUGUGGGCCAGCUCCAGUCAAAGCGAUCAAAGAGGGGGAGACAGACAUAUGCUAUGAUGUUCCCUUUAUAUUUGCUGAAGUCAAUGCAGAUUGUGUGAUUUCGGUCUAUUCUGAAAAGGGGAAAAAGAUGAAAGUUGACACAGACAUGAGACAUGUUGGCCAGAGAAUCAGCACCAAGUGUGUUGGCAGUGAUGACCGUGAGGAUAUCACAAACAAUUAUAAAUAUCCUGAAGGCUCUGAAGAGGAGAGAAGAAUCUUUGAACUGGCUGACAAAAGAAGAGUCCCUUUGAAACCAGGGAAAAGACUUCAGUUGCAUUUGAUGACCAAUGAUCCAAAUUAUAAUGGAACCAAUGUUAAAGUAUCUGCAGUCAUUUCCAACAAGAAUUCAAUGAAGAGAGUCUACACACUCAAAAUUAAUGCUAUGAAAAAGAAGUACAGUCGAUCCUCCAGAGGGAAAUGUAUACAGAUGUAUCAGCAGGAGAUCACUGUUGCACCCAGUGAAGACAAAACGAUGGAGGUGGAACUGUCUUACACGGAAUAUGGGGAGCUCCUUGAUAAAUAUAACCUAAUCAGGUUCACAGCUCUUGCAAUUGAUGGAGAGACAAAUGAAAGUGUAUUCACACUAAAGGACAUCUGUUUGAUCAAUCCUAACAUCACAAUUCAGGUCCGAGGUGCGCCUGUGCUGUCCCAAGAAGUCAUGACAGAAAUCUGUUUUGAGAAUAUUUUGCCUGUGGCGUUGACCAACUGUGUCUUCACGCUCGAGGGGGCAGGUUUGAUUGAUGGUCAAAUGGAAAUAAGGAUUGGGGCAUUAAAUCCUGGAGAAGCAAUUACAAAGGAGGUUUCAUUUAUUCCCAAGAAAAUGGGGCUGAAGAAAUUGACUGUGGAAUUUGACAGCGAUAACCUGAAGGAUGUGAAAGGAUACAUAAACAUUGACAUUCAAGAAGAGGAAAAAUAAUCUAAAAAAAUGCUGCCAGACCUGAGCUUUUCCAGCGCCUUCUGUCUUUAUUUUAGGUCUCCAGCGUCUUUAGUAUUUUGCUGUUAUUCCAGAGACUGAAUUUUGACUUCCAUGCUUUGGAAGGACCAAGAGUGAAUUUAAACUCAAAGGGAGGUGGUUAAACUGAGUUGUAUUGGUACCAAUGAUAGGACGAAGACUGCCUAUAUUCUUUGAGUGGUUGUCUGUAGAUAAACAAUUUUGUGAAAGAUAGGAGAAAUGCCUAAUGGAGGGAGGCCAGAUAGUUGGCUACUGAGUGUCUUUUGUGCCCUGGAUUUUUCAACCGAAUAAUUUUCUCUAAAUCCCGGUGUAGUGGCUGCUUGAUUGCCUGUUAUUCCAUCGGUCCUUUAAUUUUGAUGUUAUCAUGCUCGCUUCAGACUUCAUUAAUCUGGACUUUGACCCCAAAGUAAUUGUUUCUGCCCUCUAGAUCUUUACCCAGAGCCUAGUCCGAGAUCUGAUUUACCCCCAGUUAACUGGUCUCAAAUAUCACUGACCUCUUUUCCUGAUAUUAGCACAGGGGACAGAGUAGCAUCUUUUUCAGCUUGACCAAACAACUGCUCUUAGUGAAAACAUAAUUUUUCAUCAUUGCAGAAUAUUGUGAUGUUGUAAAUAUAUGAAUCCAAACACUGCUUUCAUUUUUAGUGUCUUUCAAGAAAUGAUAUAAUUGACUUAGUGAUAAACUUGGAGAACCUUUUGGACUAUAAAUGAAACGUACCAAGGCUUUUGAUUUGCCAUGUUUUAUGAAUUCUGGUUAACAUUGAUUUUGUAACUACCUAAAAUAAAUGAGUUUGGUUUAA